CCACCUUCCAUACGGUCUUCAAAACGAUCGUCUUCGUCUUCAAACGAUCUUUUGUAUGAACGAGACCGUUUCAGAGCUCGAUUACAGACAUUUAACAACACGGUAGAGGGAACUGUAUCAAGCUGUGAUCCUCUUCUAGAAGAUGAUAUCGAUCUAGACUCACCGGCCUGUGAUGUAUGCGAUGGAAUCGGGUUCAAAACCGCGAAGUUGAACUUCAAUCAUCUGCCCAGCCUUGGCUACAGGGAUUAUACCAAUUUUGAAGCUGAAUCAGUUUCGCCAUUGGACGCUUCUUCCAAAUUCUACAGUAGAUUGCAGGAUUAUGCCGUAGCACAGAACAUAAGUUCAGCCAUAAUAAAAUCUGUAUCUAUUCCCCAUUUGAAGCACAUAUUCUUGUGGUACUUCAACAAACCUUUACCCAACACAAACGACAUGUUCCCAUGGUUGCACGGCUUAAACAAGGAUAAUUUUGCACAGAAGUCAUUCUUCUUAUACCAGCAGCAGCAGUUGCAGCAGAAGUUGGCAAAAAAGAGCUUGGCCAAUAUUCCCAAUGCUCCGCCGAAGAACAUUCGUUUCUUGAUGUGUAUUAACUUUGGUGAGGAAGAUAGUAACCACGAAGUGGUCUUGCGUAAUACGGUGAAGCUCAAUGAAAUUCUCCAGAGAAUAGAAGUAUCUCGAAUUGAAGUCCGCAAUACUAUUGGUGAUAUAUUGAAGAAAAUAGAUAUUGAUACAAAUGCGGAGGUAUUAGUGCAAGAUUGUAUCAAGUUGAAUUGUUUGCCGAUAUUUUUGGAUCUUGACCCAGACCGCGGUAUUUCGCUCAGAAACUUUCAUAUACAAGUUUCGAAGUUGUCGACAUGUUCCGAUUUCUUACUCUACGGGCAAAACGCAGACCAUGAUUUAGUUGAGAGUAUGUCGAGAGUCUUGUGGUUGGCACAGAGAUACGAAGCAUUUUUGAGACAUGACAAUGUUACACACUACAAUGUAUUUGUUCUUGACGAUGAUAUAGGGCAGCUUAGCAGUUCGAUCUCAUCGCCAGCCUCAAUGACAAACUUGUCUAAGCUAGAAUCGAAGUACUUAUGGGACAAAUACCAACAAUUCCAACAACUGUUGCAACACCAUGGUCCACCAAAGAUUGUUACUCAAAAGACAGAGUAUCCAGCAUUAGUAUGGGACAACGACUAUCAAAUCAAGGAAAAGAUUGAAACUACACGCAUGUCUUCCGCUACAAAAUUGAACAAUAAUGUUUGGGUGGGAAAUUACUGGGACUUCCAGAUUAUGAUGACUUAUUUACUAGAGAAUGACUCCUCGUUUCUCGAAUCUCGUUUCCAAAAGCAGUUCUCGCUGUUGCCCCUCAAGAACCUCUACUGCAAUCCCGAGAACUCUAUUGUAACCAACACCAAUCUAUCGAACAACUUGUUAGAUUACCUUUCUUUGCCUAGAGCCAAUUGGCGAUUAUUUAUUUAUUGUCAUAACGAUGCUACGUUCCCAGAUCUAUCUAACCUUUCGUCUCUAUUGUUCAAGUACACGAUUUCUUCGAGGCUCCCAGAUGACUUUGAACAACCCGAGUACCAUAUCUUGGAGUUCCCUCCUUCUGGUGCGAUCGGUAUUGGCGAUUGUAAGAAAGAUAACCUCAUGUCCAUCAUCAAUACUUGUAAAUUGAUCUAUUUAUAUUCGUCUUCAAGUUCUACUAAUGCUUUGGCAUCAUUGAUUUACUGUUCUGAUGGCUACACUGAACUGUCGUUACUCGUACUUUGCUAUCUCAUGUAUGCUGAGAAUCUUUCACUAGACAAUGCCAUGCUUGAGUUGCAUUUGAAGUAUGGCCGUCCGUUCUAUAUCUUCAACAGCGAUGUCCUAAUCUUGAAGAAGCUUGAAUCCUUGCUUCGUAAAUUCAGCCCAGCCAAUCCAGCUAAUAACGACAUUGCCUGGGCAACAUUGGAUAGUCUCACCAACUUAGAAAUUAAUGAGCUAUUGCUUGGUUCGUCCCAAAUGAAAAACAGCAAGACCUUGAAAUUGGGGUAUAUUGAAAACGAUGAAGAUUCUUCAUCAUCUUCUUCUUCUGACGACGAUGAUGACUUUAUUCCGACUCCAGUUGACUGGGUAAAGGAAGUGGAAGGCUCGAUUCCUUCCAAGAUCUUGCCGUAUUUGUACCUUGGCUCUUUGAAACAUGCUAAUUGUUUGGCCUUGCUCAACAAGCUAGGAAUCAAGAAGAUCCUCUCUGUAGGCGAGCAGCUUGAUUGGUUGAAUGGGUACAAGUUUCAGGAACAUAAUGAUAUUAUUGUUGAUGAGAUCAACGGUGGGAGUAUUGAGAUGUACACAAUCUCGCCAUCUACUCCUCCCCACAAGAACAAGCAGCAUAGUGCUUACCAUCAUACGACUAUCGAUACGGUGAUGAAGGUAAACAACUUGGAAGAUGAUGGUAUUGAUGAAUUGACGCGAGCCUUACCUACGAUUCUACAAUUCAUAGAUGACGAGUACAAAAAAUCAAACGGCAAAACCAAGAUCUUGAUCCAUUGCCGAGUUGGAGUUAGUCGUUCUGCCACAGUGGUGAUUGCUGAAGUGAUGAGGCGGUUGAAAGUAAACUUGCCCAAUGCAUAUUUGUAUGUACGAGUGAGACGGUUGAACAUCAUUAUCCAGCCUAACUUGCGGUUCAUGUACGAGUUAUUCAAAUGGGAAGAGCUGCAGAAACUCUUGGCCAAAGAAAAGGGAGAUGAAAAUGAGAAGACGGAGUACUUGCGAGAAAUCGACUGGUUCAUCAUGUGCCGUGAGAUUAUGAAGUUGAAUAUCCCGUACUUGAACAAUUGA